UCCUUCCCUCUUUUCUCCGCCCCGCGGGAGGCCGGCGCCAAACUCAAAGCGCAAGAUGGCGGCCGCCGAGAGUCUGUUCAGUCAGUUGGUGCCGGUGCAGGCCAAGUGCCAGGGCUGCGAGGAGAGGUGAGCGGCGAGGCGCGGCUUCCCCGCAAAGGGAGACCUUUUCCGUGUCUCCCCUCACAAUGGCCUACGGGGGGGCGCUUUCUUCUCCCCACUCCCCCCAUUGCUUGAAGGGCCGCCCUAUCUCCGUCGCAGCAGGCGGGCGGUUGGCUCGUCCCCUGGCGGGACCCGGGGUGGCGGAGGGGCCCUUGAGGUGGGGUGUGGGGGGAAACCGGCUGCUUGCCCCCACUUCUCCAGCGCAAGACCCUCGGACCCUUUUGAAACAGGAAAGCUGCGGCUUUCUGUAGUUUGGCCGCUUUUGAGGGGGUUGAUCAAGUUUUGGGAGGGGCUUUUUCAGAGACUGGUCGUGACACGAACUCUGGCGGGCUGGAAAGACGCGUGUCACGCUUUUCAAACGACCCCCUUUCGAGGUUGCAGAUAAAUGUCGUGCGUUGCGGGUGUUAAAGCGCUGCGAAGCUUGGGAGCAACGGACUCGGGAACCUGCGUGUGUUUGUGGUCCAACUGAGUUCAGUGGGGAGGAGGAGCCAGGCGCCGCACCUGAGCCUUAGGGGUCUUUGGCCCGAGUUCAUCCCCUUCCCAGCAUGUUGGCGCCAUCAUUUUGUGUGUGUGUGUGUGUGUGUGUUGUGCCGGAUUUACGCAUAAGCUAAACAAGCUUUAGCUUAGGGCCCCACUCUCUUGGGGGUCCCCAAAAAUUUAAAGGAAAAAAACCUGGGAGUACAUUUCCAGAAUACUGUAUAAGAUAAUAAAUAAAUAAAACCUGCAUAUAGCAAUAACAGUGUAGGCACCUACGAUGUAAGUAAUGGGCCCCACCUGCUAGCCUGCUCCCUAAAAGAUCACUGGUUUUUCUCAUUUCUAGUAUCAAUUGCUUUGACAAAGUACAUAUUUUGUUAUGCGCAAAUGGCUUUAGAUACCUAUUAGGUCCAUAAAUUUGUUGUUGUUUAGUCGUGUCUGACUCUUCGUGACCCCAUGGACCAGGUCCAUAAAAAUACCAUAUAGCAUAUAUUCAAGACAAAAAACAGCGACAAUUUGUUGUUGACAAAGGACAGCUGGACAUAUAAAGAGCCCCAUUACAGUACCUUCAGUGGCUUAGGGUCUCAUCAAACCUAAAUCAGUCAGUCUCUCUCUCUCUCUCUCUCUCUGUGUGUGUGUAUGCAAAUGCAUGCAAAGGUAACCAUGAGCAUAUAGACUGGCAACUUUAAAGCAUAUAAAGGUAACCUUGAGCAUAUAGACUGGCACCUUUUAACAGGGUUGUGAGCAUGGGCAUAGCCAGGAUUUGUUUUUUUUGGGGGGGUAGGACACCCCCCACCUGUCAUCAUCCUCUGUCUAGCAGAUGGGGAAUGAAACCGUCCAGACAACAGUUGUUUUAAAUUACUUCAUUUCGACCCCGAGUUCUCAGAAAAAUCUGUCAAAAUCAUUCGACACUUUCUACCUUAGUUAAGUAUUUUUUAUUGACUUGUAAAUAGAAUACGUAUGUUUCUGAGCGCAAAGUGCUGGGUGCUGACCCUUAAAGCCCUAAACGGCCUCGGCCCAGUGUACCUGAAGGAGCAUCUCCACCGACAUCGUUCAGCCCGGACACUGAGGUCCAGCUCCGAGGGCCUUUCAAACUUGAGCACACCUGCAUUUGAACUUGGUGGAGCACAAAAUUUGAGCCAUGCUUGCUUGCUUAAAAGUAAGUCCUGUUGCAAUUCUAAAAAGCUAUGGCUAGGAAGCAAGUCCUGUUCAAUACAGUAGGACUUAAGUUCCAAGGAAACAUACAUAGUAAAAAUCACACUGUUACUGAGUCAUUAAGUGCAGGAAGCCCAUAAUUUUUAAGAAUGCUGUGAGCAACUUGGUGCAAACUAUUGUUUUGAAUAGAUAGAGCUCCUCCCCCCCUUUUGGCCUAUAUUAUAUGGAAUCAGUAUUUUGUUACAGCAUUUUAGAAUUAAAAACGGGAUAAUGCACUAAUCAAUUUAGAUUUUAGAAUGAAUUGCAUGCAACAAGCAUGACUUAGUAAGUUUCUGUUUAUUUCUCAUUUGUGCUGCAAAUUGUCUAUACAAAUGGAAUUUGUAACAAUGCUGUAGUGUGGAGUGCUUGUGUUCAGGAUUCUAGUCAGCCUUGUCAUUUUCCAGGAUAUAGUGGUACCUUGGUUUAAGAACAGAUUAGUUUAUGAACAACUUGCAUUAAGAACGCUGCAAACCCAGAAGUAGGUGUUUUGGUUUGUGAACUUUGCCUUGGAAGCAGAACAUGUUCCGCUUUCUGCUGAGUGUGUUCCAUUUCUAAAUUGAGUCCCCGCAACUAUGGGAAAGCACACCUUGGUUUAAGAACGCUUUGGUUUAAGAACGGACUUCCGGAACGGAUUAAGUUAGUAAACCAAGGUACCACUCCUCACCAUCACUGCUGCCCCAGUGCUCACUGAUCAUGCACAAUCUGGGCUGUUUUGAGUUGUUCCCACCACCGCAUCCCCAUUGGAAAUGAUAAUGUAGCCUGCUGAUAACUUGUACUGUUUUGGCUUCAUAAGGAUCCACACUCAGUGAGUGGGCUUGUUGUUAUUAACUAAACAAUGGGUGAUAGGAAACUAAGGUUCACUUAGAGUAAACCCAUUGAAAUUAACAAACAUGAGUGUAAAGUCCAUUAAUGUCAAUGUGUCUACUGUAAGUAAAACGUGGUUGCAUACCACUCCAUAUUAGUGGAUUGGUUUUAGGAUUAGUGAUGUGUGUAUGAAUGAAUGGUUUAGAUAGCAAUUUUAAAGCAAGUGGCAUGUAUGGAGACAUUACAUUAAGAAAAGUAUCUGUUACCCAAGUUCACUUUUGUAUUGUUGAGAAAACUUCCUAGCUGAAUAUAAAUAUAAUCUAAAUAAUUCAAUGAUUAAGGCUUCAUUGCUGUUUUGUAGCAUAUUUUAGCACUUAAUUAAUUUUUCCUGUGAAAAUCUUGAUCAGAGCUGAAGUACAAAAUAUUUCAUUUAGUAAAAUGAAGAAUAAAGAUGGAGUCACAUGUCUGUUUUGCAGGCGAAUAAACGUUCGCGUGAAUAUUGAGCUGCAAUCAACAACAAAUCCCAUUCAUAGAAAGGUUUGUACUUUGCUUGUCAUGUGUUGGUUUUGCUAUCCUUUUGUUGCUUCUUCAUAUGAUCAUGUUUACCAAUGAAAAGUAGGCUCAUCGUUAAAACAGCUAGCACCAAACAAAUUUGAUUCCGUGAACGGUAGCCUUGUAAGAAGUAAUAGAUUUCUGGGGAUUAGUAGUCUUUCCCCCCCAAAUACACACUGUGUUUCCUGAUACAUUUCCUAAGUUUAAACAAUGCCCUAAAGGCUGGGGCAUGGACAAUUGAGAGGGAUGAUAUAGUCCAACAAUAUAUGGAGGUCCACAAGUCCCCAUCCUUUUUGUAGGAACUGCUGUACAGUUUCUUGUGGAACAUUAUGAAUAAGCAUUGUCUUUGGGGUUUAUAUUUCUAUGUUAUGGUGCUGUGGUGUCAUCUGUUGUAUAGAUGCAUACAACAGUUACAAAAUGCAUGGGUAGGCUGUUGCUGACUUGGUUUGCAUGUAACAUUAAGGCAUGGUUUGUUUGAAUGUCCAAGCCGAGCAGAAUACCCAUAGUUUUCUACUUUGUUACUACUUUGAGCUGGUUUGCAUGUAAUGUAAGCUGAACAAUGGUUUAGGAUGAACAAGCAGACUGCUGGAGAUUGGACUGUGCGCACUUUGUUCCUUCUGUCUUCUUCCUUCUGUCAGUUAAGCCAUGGUUUUGCUUAGCAUGUAAUCUAAACUCAGCCUUGUUAUUUGUCUUUCUCUAGACAAAUUGAGUGGUAACCCAGGUUUGUAGCUCAUCUUGUGACAGCCAAGAAAAAGGCCUUUUUGUUGUGGUACCCUGCCAGUGAAACAGUCUUCCUUGAGAUAAGGCAAACAACUACUCUUGGUUAGCAGUGGUUGCUAAAAACAUACUACUACUUCAGGUUUUUGCUAACCAUUAAUAUCAGCAUAUUGAUUUUAUCUUAACUUUUUUUUGCUCCUGAAUUUAUUGUUUUUAUUGUAUUUUUAGUGUUUGAUUGUGAACCACCUUGAGAUUUUUUUUCUUAAUCAAAGAAGAUUUGGAAGUAUUUAAAUUAACAACAAUCCAUAGUUAAAACAAACUGUUACAUACAGUGCAGUGUGCAGACACAGCCACUGAAUGCAUGGCUCUGAAAGAAUUGUGAAACUGUUAUAAAUUUCUCCAAACUAUUUUCUUCUAGGAUUUAGUUGUUCGUCUAACUGAGGAUUCUGACCCCUUCUUUCUAUACAAUCUUGUUAUUUCUGAGGAAGAUUUUCAAAGGUAAGUUACCAAGUUCUGAUUAGAAAAUACUUAGAUAAAAGUUUGGGAAGCUGCGUUUUAGCUAAUGAAUAUUAUGAACAUUGUUCCUAUGUACCUAAUGACUUGCAUAUCUCAGAAGGAAAAAGGAGAUUCCAACUAAACAUCAAGAAUAACUUUCUGACACUAAGAGCUGUUUGACAGUGGAACAGACUCCCACAAGACCUGUUGGACUCUCCUUCCUUGGAGAUUUUUAAGCAGAGGUUGGAUGGUCAUCUGCCAUGUAUGAUCUAAUUAAGAUUCCUGUAUUGCAGGGUGUUGGACCAGAUGACCCUCAAGGUCCUUUCCAACUCUACAAUUCUAUGAUUUUAGUAACAAAUAGUCUAUAGGAAUACAUACUACUUAUACCUUUUCUUUUUAUAUAGUUUAAAACUCCAGCAGAGUCUUCUGGUAGAUUUUUCUGCUUUUCCUCAGCGAUUUAUAGACCUCCUUCAACAUUGUAUCCAAGAACAAAAUAAAGACAUCCCAAGGUUAGUAACGCUUAAGCAGUAGUCUGUUUUCUUUAAAACAAGUACUACAAACAACAAAAGUAGGAUUCAAGGAGACUGAUUGUGUCUAAAGCCCUUAUUUAUUUUAUUAACACCAUUUGAAAUCUCACGUUCGGUAACAACAAAAAUGGGCAAUGCAAAACCUAUGGCCAGGAUUCAGCUAAUGGAAGCCUGCACAAGUGGGCUUACCCACUCUCCUGUCCCCAUGCCCUCUCCCAAAUUGACAUGGGGAGGGGGCAGGAGAUCUGCUAGAAGAGUGAGCUGGAGGAGGAGAGAGCUGACUGUCCCAUUGUUCCGAGCACAAUUCAAAGUGUUGGUGCUGACCUUUAAAGCCCUAAACAGCCUUGGCCCAGUAUACCUGAAGGAGCAUCUCCACCCCCAUUGUUCUGCCCGGACGCUGAGGUCCAGCGCCAAGGGCCUUCCAGCAGUUUGGAAGGUCGGCGGUUCGAAUCCCCGCGACAGGGUGAGCUCCCGUUGUUCGGUCCCAGCUCCUGCCCACCUAGCAGUUCAAAAGCACAUCAAGUGCAAGUAGAUAAAUAGGUACCGCUCCGGUGGGAAGGUAAACGGUGUUUCGUGUGCUUCUCUGGUUCGCCAGAAGUGGCUUAGUCAUGCUGGGCUGGCCACAUGACCCGGAAGCUGUACACCGGCUCCCUCAGCCAGUAAAGCGAGAUGAACGCCACAACCCCAGAGUCGUCCAUGACUGGACUUAACGAUCAGGGGUCCCUUUACCUUUACUUAAUGACAUUUAGAAGUCAUCUGCAGGCAGCCGUGUUUAGGGAAGUUUUUAAUGACUGAUGUUUUAAUGUAUUCCUAAUCUUUUGCUGGAAGCCGCCCAGAGUGGCUGGGGAAACCCAGCCAGAUGGGUGAGGUAGUCAUGACUGGGGUUAAAGUUGCUUCAGGUUUUCUUUUCUCUUUAACUAUGUAAUUUUUAGUUUCUGAAAUUUUAAUAAAUAUCAUUUUUUUUAAAAAAAAGUUGCUUCAGGUUGAGCGUUUUCGGGUUGUGCUCCGUGGCAACCCAGAAGUAACGGAACACAAUACUUCUGGGUUUCGCUGCUUGUGCAUGCGAAGAUGCUUAAUGACGUCAUGCGCAGAAGUGGCGAAUCGCAACCCGCAUCUGCGGGUUGUGUUCUGCUCUGGAUGCGAACAGGUCUCCAGAACGGAUCCUGUUCGCAUCCAGAGGUACCACUGUAUUAGGCAAGGAGAAAUGUUUGUGCUGCCAGAGCAAUCUGCUUAGCUCCAUGUUGAAUUAUUCCAUAUAAAUCUAUCAAUUAUAUUUUGCUUUGACUUGGCUCUAGGAGUGCUAGUUGGGGUUAUUGACACCCUUUAAAUGGAGAACACAUACCUCUUUCUGCAAUAGAGUUAGAGGCAAAGUACAAACUCUGCCCAGUCCAUCUAAUACUCUGUUAUAGUGCAUUGUGCCUUCCCCCCCACCAGCUGCUUCCUUAUUCCAUUUCCUUUGCCUUUUCAUGAGCUACUUCCAAAUGAUUGUUGCUGGCUUUUUAAAUAAGGCUUGCAGACUGCUUAGGAAAAGGUGGUUGCACCUGCAUUGAUCCACACUUCUACCAGUGGGCAGAGGAAGUAGCCAGUAUUUGUAGUGAUUGGUGGAAUAACAUACCAGUUGGAUAGCAGUGGAGUUGGAAGAGUUAUUUCCUUUGUACCAGCCUACCCUUCCAUAAGGAUAUGUGCAUCAUGUGCUGAGAGACCCAGCUAGCAAGUCAUUUUUAAUGUGUUCUUAUUCUUUUUUAGGUUUUUGCUGCACCUGGUUUCAUCGGGCCCUAAUUUAGAUCACACUCCUGCUUUUUUAAACGUGGUUGAGACAAACCCAUUUAAACACCUCACCCACUUAUCACUGAAAUUCCUACCAGGAAAUGAUUCAGAAAUCAAGAAGUUUCUGGCAACCUGUUUGAAAUGUGUUAAGGUAAAACUAAGAUUUCAGUUGUAUGGUUUGGGUUACAUUUUCGGAUCUUUUGGCAUAGUGACUAGCUUGGGUCACUUUGUCUAAAUGAGGAGGCAAAAUAUAAAGUUGGGUGUGUCCUGCUGUGUGGUCUGGCAUACUCUGCUUUUCUUUCCGUGACAGUGGUGUAACAAGGCCACCUUGACAUAAGUUUUUUAUAUUUUACAAUUGAAAGUUCACACAUCACAUUAAACCAAUGUCGAAAUAAAGUACAGUUUAAUGUGAAAUUGCUGGUGCUCCUGCUGCACUGCCAGGAACAAGUUACGUUCUGGCUUAUCGUCAUCUGGGCUUGGGUUUUGGUUUGUUUCUCUCCAGCCAAACUAUGAAUUGAAUCCAAGGUUUGUUCUUGGCUUACCACUCAUGAUUUGUUUGAGGGAAAGAAGCCUCAGGCCUGUGUUUGUUUCCUUGUAGCGCUGCGGAAUAAAAGCAAAUCACUUGUGAGUUCAGCAGUGUGCACCAACAUGCUGCUCAUUCACAUUAAACCAUACUUCAUUUUAACUAUGGUUUAAUGUGAUAUGCAAACGAGGACAGUGUAUCUUUCAGAAUUAGGCCUAUGGAAAGGCACCUAAUAGUUAAGUAGCCCAACUCCUGUAACAGGAGUGAGUUUGUAUCUGAUGUGCUGAAUAGCAGUGCAGUCCUACGCAUUUUUACUCAGAAGUAAUCUCCCUGUGUCCAGUAGGAAUUGAUUCCAAGUGAGAAUGUUUAGGAUUGUGGGUUUAAUGAUUUCAAGAACUGGAAAAGGUUGCAUUGACCGACAAAGCUGUCAACUGUACCUAGGAAGAAAAAUUGCUGCUGGAACAGAAACUUAGAAAAACAGACGAGGACCUUACAAGACAGCUGAACUAUGCCCAGCAGGUAAGAGCAGAAUUCCACUGUGGGUCAACUGGUAGAAAAUUAAUGUUAAAAAAACCCACCCUGUGUUGGUUUGUAUACAAUGUUAUCCGUGUGUGAGCAAAACUUCCACUGUAAGCACUGGGGCGUCACCUUCCUCUAGUUGAGAUUCCUGCUUUGGACUAUAUGACCCUCUGCAAUUCUCUGAUUCUUUACGCUCCCCCCUGCAUGUCCUUAAAAUGACAACCCCUCUGGAACAGAUUUUUGGAGUACGUUGGGGGGCUGCAGAGAGGAUAGGAACCCAUUGCACAAAUCAAAGUCUGCUUGAGCAGUGUUUGACUCCUCCUAUUAUUUAAUUACUGUAUUGUGUUUACUUAAUGAUCUUUUUGUACCUGACCCUUUAGAGAGAGAAAGUCUGACAGAUCCUUACCCCAAGGGGCACUCAAAUCAAAGUCAGACAUAGCAAAACAACAGAGGGAAGGGGGAAUUAGAGGUGUGGGCAGGGCAGGGAAAGAACAUGCAAUUCAAUUUGUUGCACUAAGGUGUCGGGGCUAAGAGAAUGAGCCCAAACGCUCCCCAUGAAAUUGUGUUUUGAGGGGUGGGAUUAACAGAAAAUGAAUAUUAUUCUCUCUAUUUGAUUGAAUUCAUUGUAUAAAUACUGUGUCUAAAUUUAGGAUCUGUGAUAUGCCUUCUUGCUGAGAAUUCAGUACAGGAGGAGAGGAAAUGAUUUAAGAAUAGCUGCAUUAGAUGGCUGAAGAGUUCGCUGGCUCCUUGAAGUGUAACAAACUUAUUGCAGCUUGUGCUAAAAUAGGCAAAAGCCUGUUUCAUCAGAUGCACGGGAGGUUAGGGUAGGCUCAGCUUUAAAAGCUCAUACUACGCUUAAGUUUUAGUGUUUAAGGUGCUAUAGGUUUCUGUAAAAACAGAAGAAUUGUGUAUGUCUAUAUAAUGAUGUAAAGUGCAAAGCAAUUAUUUUUUUUUCUGGGAUAGGUGUGAUGUGGGAAAUGUUCUGUAGGCUAGUCUUUGCAAUGGGAUGUGUUUGUAAUAGGAUAACCUGCCUGUAACCAUUUUAUAAAGCACUGGCACAGUAUUGAUUAAAACCCUUCAAUUACAUGCAAGUUGACCAUCUUACUAUUUUUAUUUUCUCAUAUUUAGAGCUUGUCGGAAAAGAGCAGGGAACUGGACAAGUUGAGAAAUGAAUUGGCAUCCAAAACAGCAUCUCUAACCAACAAAUAUACCCAGGAACUGACAAAUGAGAAGGAGAAAGCUCUGCAGGUGUGUAAAGAGAAGUCUAUAUACAUCUAGCAGAAUCCUUAUGCCUUUAGUAGUUGCUCAAGUAAUUGCUUUUCUUUGCAGGCACAAGCACAAUAUCAACAACAGAAUGAGCAACAGAAAAGGGAUCUGGAAAGCUUGCAUCAGAAAACAGUGCAGCAGCUGCAGAAUAGGCUGAAGGAAUUGGAAAAUGUCAACAAGGAGCUAAUGGAAAGGAGAUACAAAGGCGAUUCGACAGUCAGAGAACUUAAAGCGAAAUUGUCUGGCAUAGAAGAUGUAAGUAAUAUUCACCUAUUAAGAUUGGGUGACAAUUUGAUAGUUUCCAGUCACUCAUACAAAUAUACUAAAUAUUGCCAGUUAUGUAUUGAAAACAAGUUUUUUUGUUUUGUUUUUAUAGAAUAUGCUUAACUUCUGUCAAGCAUGAAACAGCAUGAAUUUUUGCCAGCAACGUUUUUGUUAAAAUGCUUGUAAAAUAUUUCUUCAACCACAUAGGAAUGCCAGAGAGCAAACCAGGAAGUUCUGUCUCUACGUCGAGAGAAUGCUACCCUAGAUGCUGAAUGCCAUGAAAAGGAAAAACUAGUAAAUCAGCUGCAGACUCGAGUUGCUGUUUUAGAACAGGAGGUCAAAAGCAAGGAGGAUCUGAUUACUAGGGCAAAAGAAGUAUCGGAUGCAACACAUGAGCAAAAGGUUCUUAAUUUUACUUUCUAGAAUGCAGCAGUACUUUAAUUCAUGGAGAACUGAAUGCUGAAAUGAAAGAACAUGAGCUACAAUCCAUAGAGCUGCUUAUAGGUGCACAGCAGGGGUUCCUCAUGCCCCAUCUACUUCCUAUUUGAUACAACAUAAGUGUUGUGCUCCUCAAUAUGCCCUUGAAAUUCCUUUUAAGUUUUAAAAAUAGUGGGCUGUGUGACAUGGGACAUUCCCAAUAGAAAAACAAAUCCAAAAGCUGCUGGGCACACAGAGAUAGUUAUGUAGUUCUCCGGAUUAUGGCUAUAUUUAGAAAGUGUAGGCAAUACUGCAAUGUAUUGACUUUUUAAAAAGUUACAUAUUUCACCACGCUGUAGUCACUAUAGUAAUAUAAAUAAGCAUUUUUGGAUGUGAUGGGCUUUUAAGAAAUUGCUAGCAUUUUACAUUACAGAAUAGGAAUUUCAGAACUAGUGUUCUUGUUACGUUAUGCAACAGAUCCAUGUGAAUAUUUCUUGGCAAAACAAAACCUCCCUAAUACAAUAUAUGCUCUUUUAAAAGGUAAACCUGGAAAAAAAUAUAGAAAAGAAACAAAUUCAAAUAGGAAAUCUGGAAACAACACUAAAGUCACUAUCAUCUGAACUCCUUAAGGUUUGUUCAAAACACGUUAUUGUCCUUCUUGAUGAUGAUGAUGAUUUGACUUCGUUUUUCUUAAUUUAAAAUUCUGUGGUUGUUUAUUAGGCCAAUGAGAUAAUAAAGAAAUUGCAAGGCGAUGUAAAGACUCUAAUGAGCAAACUGAAGCUGAAAAAUACAGUAACAAUUCAGCAAGAAAAACUCUUGGCUGAAAAAGAAGAAAAACUGCAGAAAGAACAAAAGGAUCUACAGGAAGCAGAAAGUUCUCUCCGAGCAAAAGAGCAAGAGGUAACUUAAGGGUCAGGUUUCUAUCCAGUAAGUGUUGUUUUUUUUAAAAAAAAGAUGCUUAACUUUAAACUCAUGCUAUGUCAGUUCAUGCUAGGUCUCUGCCUUGAAUCAUUUUGCAUAAUCCCUGUACAUAUGAUUGGCAGACUAAUUCUGUGGUGUGGUGGAAAUACCGUCAGUAUGAGCUUUUCAAUAGACUUAAUACACUUUGCUUUUAAAGUAAGUUUUGGUGCUGCCAGUUAAACUGCUAUGGACUGAUAGUGUUAAAACAAGACAUAGGCCAACUAAGGCCCAGGGGUCGGAUCUGGCCCAAUCGCUUUCUAAAUCCAGCCUGCGGACGGUCCGGGAAUUAGCAUGUUUUUACAUGAGUAGAAUGUGUCCUUUUAUUUAAAAUGCACCUCUGGGAUAUUUGUGGGGCAUAGGAAUUCGUUCACCCCCCAAAAAAAUAUAUAUAGUCUAGCCACCCACAAGGUCUGAGGGACAGUGGACUGGCCCCCUGCUGAAAGAGUUUGCUGACCCCUGUGUUAAAACAUUUCAGGUGUGCAAGUUGCAGGAACAAUUGGAAGCUACAUUACAGAAGCUGGAGGAAAGCAAGCAUCUUCUCAAAACCAAUGAAAACGGUGUGUGUGUAUGAGAUUCUUGCAUUAGCCACUAAUAUCUAAUCCUAUCAACUUUUCAGAGCCUAACAACUGAAGCUGGUUUGAGACGUAAUCUCACUUUCGUGGGUCUACAAAUUCUAUGUUCUUAGAUAUGUGGCAGUUGAUCAGCUUUCUGUUAAGGAAGUGCAAGCAUGUAAAUAUUACUGUGCAAAGACUAAGAAUCCUGUUUGGCAGCUGAAACCUAAAGAAGAAUUUCUGGGGCUGCCAUAUUUAUUCCUCCCCUUUUGUUUCCUUCUCUCUUCUGCAACUUCAUUAUGUAAUUUAAAUUUUUAAUAAAUAAUUCCUGAAUGUAAUUUCCCCACUUCCCAUCUAUCGUGUAAGGCUAUCACAGAGUACUGACUAGGUUUCUCAGUCUCUAAUUUAAUAUAUGACAAAACUAAGGCUGCGGUCCUACACCCAAGCAUGUUGAACUUGAUGGACUGACUUCAGUGUAGACAUUCAUAAGAUAGCACUGUGAAUUAUUUACCGUAUUUUUCGCCCCAUAGGGCGCACCUAGUUUUUUUUGGGGGGGGGAAAUAAAGAAAAAAAAAAUUAUUUCCCCCCCAGGCGCGGGGCUGGCGCGGGGGAAGCCCGAGCUUCCCCCGACCCCAGCCCCCAGAACAGCCUGCUAUCUGCAAGCCUAGGGAGCCCGGUGGGAAGUCGCACCAGGCUCCCUAGGGUUGCGCAGAGCUGCGCGAAGCCCGGGAAUGCAGGCAGCUCUGCGCAACCCUUGGGAGACCGGCGCGACUUCCCGCCGGGCUCCCUAGGGUUGCGGAGAGGUGCAUGAAGCCCGGGCGCGCUCUUCAGUGCACCCCAGGCUUCGGAAUGCAGGCAGCUCUGUGCAACCCUCGGGAGCCCGGCGCGGCUUCGCGCUGGUCUCCCAAGGGUUGCGCAGAGCUUCCUGAAGCCUGGAGAGCGAGAGGGGUCGGUGCGCACCGACCCCUCUCGCGCUCCAGGCUUCAGCGAAAGCCUGAAUUCGCCCCAAAGGACGCACACACAUUUCCCCUUCAUUUUUGGAGGGGAAAAAGUGCGUCCUAUAGGGCGAAAAAUACGGUAUGUAUGGCUGUCCAGCAGUAUACUGAGCUAUGGUUUAGAUUUAAAACAGCAGAUAAAAGUCCUAAAAAGUGAAAUACUUGGUGCACAUUUUUUCUUUGUAGUCAUCACAUGGCUAAACAAGCAGCUGAAUGAAAUUCAGAUGACGAGGAAGCAAGAAGUGUCAGGAACAUCUACUAGUCCUAGUGGUACCACUCCCAGAACUGGCAUUUCACCUCACAGUAUGGUAAUAGUAAUGUCCUUAUGAAUUUUUGUAUGGUCCUUCUGGUCCUUUCCUUCUCCUAUAGUGUUAAUUUCUACACAUACUGGGAGAGAAGGAAGUGCUUAUACCCAAUAUCCACUACUAUUAAGAUACAAUUAGAGGAAUUUGUUUUCAAAUGGAAAGAGUACAGUACAAAUUAUGAAGUACUGUAUAAAUUAUUAGUAUAGUUUAAUUUUGGAUGUGUUUGCUUUUAAAUACAAAAAAGGGGAAAGGUAUGAAAGGAGCUUUGGAACUAAUAGUGUGCUGUUGUUGCUCUGGCUUUAUAAUUUUAAUUUUCUUUUGCAGGUUGAUAGCAGAAUUCCAUUUUUGAACUCGGGACUAGGCUAUCCCAUCUCUCCUUUGCUGCCCUUUCAAAGUUUCCCAGAUACAGUGGCUGUCAAAAGCAUCAACCAGCAAACUUCAGGACAAAAGGCAGGCACCCAAAUAUAUAAUUUUGUAUUCUAUUGCAUCUUUCCACGUUAGCAUUAUAAGCUGCUGCACACCCAGAAUACAGGCUUUAAGAAUACAUGUAACAAGGACUGAGCUGCAAGUUCUCAUAUGGAGAAACUGCUACCUGUGGCAGCAGAACUAAAACAAAUAUUUUUUAAUGAACAAAAAAAUUACCCUGUCACUGUUUUGGCAAACCUCAUCCCUCAGGAACAAGUCUUUCCCCUCUUAAGUUGUUGAAAUCUCUUAGCCUCUCCUUUUUGCAAGUAUAUAAAGUGAAAUUAAUUUUCACAACUGCGCUCCUUUAUAAUUUCAACAAAAUACUGGGAGUGUGGAAGCCUAAGGUUUAUCCCUUGGUGGCUUAAAUUAAGUUUUAGUGUUGUGCGUAUGAACCAGAUUUUAGUAAGUCUUCUUGGCAUUCUUUAAUGUAUAAUUAAAGCCUAGAAAUGGAAAUGUGAGUGUGUGAAAAAUUUUCUGUUUCCAGCAGGUUCAGUUCAAUGUGCAACCUCAAGAGAUUAACAGAUGUUCAGAUUCGCAGCCAGGAAUUCCUCUGAUGACAAAUCACCCAACAAAUAAAGAGAAGUGAGUGCUUGUGCUUUUAGUUGAGGAGUGGUCCAUCGGUGGCCCUGGCCUAAUUAUGUAUGGGUGGAGGUUGCCAGAAGAGAGGAAAGGGGUGCCAAAAUAGAUGGCACAAAGUCCUUUGGCAAGAGUGAUUGUCCCUCUGCUGGCAGUCUGCAGGAUGUGGGGAGAGAAAAGGGUGGCAAGAAGGAAGGAAGCAGGUAUCUACAUCCUGAAUGUGUCUCCCAUCAUAUUAUCCCUGAAGGAAUGUGGCCUUUGACUGAAAAAGGAUCCUCAGACGUGUUUUAGAUGACCGAUUGUAAAAAAAAUGAAAGUAUUCUCCUGCCCACACCCCAAGAGUAACAGCAGCAGUAUUAUUUUUAAUUUUGAGUGGGAGGAAUGUGCACAAGCGACCCUUGAGAUAAAUCUCUUGGGAUUUUAUACACAGGUAUGCCUGAUCUUUUUCAUCAGAUUCCUUUUCAUGGAGAAGCUAUUCAGUAUGACUGAACCCAUUUAUGAUAACUAUCAAAAUACCGCCCAUAACAGAGUGACAGAGACUAAAGGGCAACAUGGCAAUGCAUUGCUCUGUUUUCCUCUGGCCACACUGGGCAUAUCAAAAGUGGCAGGAUCCAGAAAGUGAAUGUGAUGUUCAGAGAAGAUGCAAAAGUAUUUUGUGAUGCUACUUGAAUCUAAAGUAUAGGUGAAACUGCGUACAUGCAGUCAUUUCGAUAUGCAUACUUUUAAAUUAUCAGCUGAAUCCCUUGUGGAAUUGUCUGACUUGCCUUAAAGAUGUAUAGCUGCUUUAUGCGGAAUUAAUACUACGUUAUGUGAAUCAUUGAUCUACUUACUAUGUCUGGCACUGGCUCUCCAUCAGAUGCCUUUACUAUUAGCUGCUACCUAAUCCCUUUAAGUGGAAAUACCCAGGAACUGAACCAGGGAUUUUCUGCAUGGAAAGCAUAUGCUCUAGCAGUGAGCAAUAUGACUCUUCCCAGCUGUAGCCCCUCCCUGACAAUGGUCUUGAUCUGAAUAGAACCCAAAAGCUGCUGCCAGGCCUUGGACACUAUUACAAGAGCACUGUUCCACAGCAUUUGAUAUUUGAUAUUUACAUACAGUGGUGCCUCGCAGGACGAAAUUAAUCCGUUCCGCGAGUCUCUUCGUCUUGCAGUUUUUUCGUCUUGCGAAGCACGGCUAUUAGCGGCUUAGCGGCUAUUAACAGCUUAGUGGCUUUAAGAAAAAGGAAACAAACUCGCAAGAACUCGCAAGACGUUUCGUCUUGCGAAGCAAGCCCAUAGGGAAAUUUGUCUUGCGGAAUGACUCAAAAAACGGAAAACCCUUUCGUCUAGCGAGUUUUUCGUCUUGCGAGGCAUUCGUCUUGCGGGGCACCACUGUACAUUCAUUCGAAAUCAGAUGGGUUUAUGAAGCAAUUCUAUAUCCUCCCACCACGCUGAUGAAGAAUUCUGUGAAACAGUAGUCAAUAUCCGGAAGCGCUGUUCAGUGUUGGACAUCAUAUUUGCUGAAUACACAAAGCUUCACAGCUUACCUUUCAUCGUACAAAGUCUGGUACCUCGCUUCAUUUAAAGAUUUUCAGAGACUUUGAGACUAAAGAUUUCAUUUUGUACUUGUUAUGGUUUGAAGGAAUUCUAUAAAGAUUGUUUAUUGCGUAUGUACAUGGUCGUGUUGCCUAGACCUUGGACGCUGGCUGGGGAGACCCAGGUUCAAAUCUCCACUCGGCCAAGCUUACUGGGUGACCUUGGGCUAGUCAGUCUCUCACAGCCUAAUCUACCUCACUGGGCUGUUUUGUUAUGGUAGAUAAAACAUAGAAGAGCCAUGUACCUUAUCUUUAGUUCCUUGGUGGAAAGGCAAGAUACAAAUAAUACUACUUUGACUAAGGCAGUCCGAAACAGACUACAUGUCUGAGUGUUCCUGAAGAAAUGUCUAACUUGUGGCCCUCAAUAUGUUGUUGGGACUCCCAUUAGCACCAGCCAGCAGGUUGGACUACAACUCUGACCGUCCCCAACACCAUCUGGAGAGUUUGACUUCUUCUAAAGAAAGCAGUAUUUUAGGAGACCAUAAAAUGUAUUAUUUGAAGAUCUUAUGAAACCCCAGCUUAGUGAACUUAGAAACAUUCUUUGAGUGUGGCAAACUGAAAUGGUUUCUUCUUAUUAAGUAUCUUCCUUCUGAUUUAGUGGUGAAAACAUGGGAUUGGAAGCAAAAUAUUUGAAGAAAAGAGAAGACAGCAUUCCUUUACGAAGGCUCAGCCAAAACACAUCUCACAACACAGGUGGGCAAGCAUGCAUGUGCAUUAAACUUAAAAUGUGAGACGUUGCUCUAAAACUUUUUGAAAUCUUCUGAAGCUGUUCAUUUAAGAUUCUUUCCCCCAUUAUUAGGACACCUGAAGUCAACUGCCUUGAUAAAAACUCAAAUACCAGCCAAAUCUGCAGCACCUUCCAGACCCUCUGCUUACUUCCCUGGAUAGUGGACAACGUAUUUGCCAUGGUAAAAAGUUUAUCAGCAGUUGCAAUUCUUUUUAUGAUUAUCUCCCCUGUAAAGUGUUAACAUAAACUCAUUUAGUAAGCAAUGAAAUAUCUGAGAGAUAACAAGAGCUAGUUUUUUGGUCUGCUUACAUUGUAAUGUGAAUUACAGAAAUUUCCUAACAAGACUUCCAACAUUGUAAGGACCCAAAUGAGUGAUUGAGCAAUUUUGUAUCAAUUAUUAUCAAAGUGCACUGAGGGGAAGAAAGGUUUGCAAUUUCUCUCCCAGGUACAUGCGCUACAUGUUUCUUGGAUAUGGACCUCAGAGGUAAAAACUCAUCUUUGAAGCCUUGGAGCCUUUUCUUUAUUUUAAAGCUUGUCAAAGUUACUAUGCACUUCAGCUGUGACUCUUCAAGUCAUCGCUACCAGCUCCUAGUUACAUUUAAAUUAAAAUUUUACCAAGGAUGAGCUCAUCCAUUCGUUCUUUGCAACACUCUGGAGGCUUUCAGAAGUGCAAAAAUGUCCUACUUACCAUGUCAAACUAAAUUACCUUAAUAUUGAUUGUCUGUUGCUUAUUUGACCAGAUGGUGGCACUCUUUAUAAACGUUUUGAACCUUUCCUAACUUUACAGGGAGAAAAGUAAAUAAGCUCCUCCAGGUUUAUUUUGCAAUCUUGCAAAUUUAUUUUUCAUUGCUCCUAAAUAUAAGUAAUUUGGUAGUGUUCCACUAAUUUCAGUGGGACAUUGAGCAGUGCAAAAAUCCACCAAGAUUCCUAAUAGUAAGCAAGUGUGUCUAGUUCUUACCAGGAUUCAGGAGGCAUUACUUGAUGUUGUUGAAUACCAAAUGCAGCAGUCUAAAUUAGAUUUGCCAGUUGAGUUCAGCCUUACAGCAAAUUCUUAUUUUCAUUUAAUUUUGAAAUAUAUCAACUUUUUAUAUCUUAAUGGUCUGUAGUAUAUCAGAGUAUCUUUAACAUUCUAAGUAACUGUUCAACAUUUGAAUCACAACAAAGGAUAAUGUUGCUGCUUUUCAAAUUAUUUUAAACUUAAGAUGUCAGUUUUUAAGUUGUAAAAUGUUGCAGUCAAUGUAUAGUGGCAUGAUUUAAGAAGUCUUAUAUAGCAUAAAACUGGUGCAUACCUAUAACAAACAACUUUUGUAAAAUUAAUGAAAAUCAGCAAUCCUUCAAAAUAAUUUUGAGGCCUUUACAUUGCUACUGCAAUCAGUAAGAUAUAUAAGCACUAUUCUGAUUCUCCCAAAAGCUAUGGAAUUUCAGAAUACUUGAUGGUGGGUGAUUAAUGCCCAGUGCAAGACCUAUUAAUCUCAGUGGGUUGUGAUUACGCUUCUCUAUUCUAAAUAGAAGCAGUGUAAGAUUUUUGCAAAGCAUUUUUUUAUCAGUCUCACUGAUUUAUAUUGGGAACUCUACAUGUGUGAUUUCAAAAUUGAAGUGUCAUUUCUUUAGCUAUUAGCAGUCAUGAUAUUCAAGUCUCUUAAAGGUGGUUAGUAUAGUAGGUUGUUACCCACUUAUGAGUGGCUUGCUUUCUUAGCACAUGGGCUUUUUGUAUAUUGUUACAGGUGUGUAAAUACAAAUUAUUUGAACAUGUAUGGCAGAAUCAUUCCUUGCAGUGUAAAAUUUGUACAUUCGUCUUUUAAUCAGAAUGCAUGUUCACAUGUAUCUAAAUGCUCAUUUCAGUAAAUUUUCAAAUAAAAUGAAACAAAUAUUGCUGGUGG